AUGUCUCCCCGCUCCAACUUUGCCAAGUUCGUCCCCGUCGAGACCUACCCCAUCAUUGCCGUCGUCGGUGGUGCUGUUGUUGGCGCCGGGUACUACCUCGUCCGCCUGAGCCAGGGCUCCGAGGUCGUCUGGAACCGUGGUGGCGACUGGCGCCCUUGGGAGCAGAUCAAGCAGGACCAGAACACCAAGUUCAUGACCGUCCACCCCAAGUGGUGGGAGGAGCGCAAGGCUGCCGUUGCCGCUGCCCGUGCCGCCCAGGAGUAG